AUGGCGGCUAGGGCUCAUGGCGAUUUUAGGGUUUUGGGCGAUGCAACUCAGGAUGCGAACAUGGAGGACAUUGGAGAACAGGGGAGGCCCCCUGGAGAUCCGCCGGAUGCUCCAGGAUCGUGGGUGAGGAAAGUUGUGGGAAGUAACGGAGGGGGGAUGCCUGUACCGGAGGAAAUCGUGGAUGAGUCUUUUGUAGAAUCGAACCUAACACUGGAAUUUCCAGAUGGUGAAGAUGGUGAGCCGGUAAUAACAAUUGGAAAGGAUGUCUUGACUGCUAUGAAUAGCCUGUGGAAAAGAUGUAUGAUUGUGAAGGUUUUGGGACGGAGUGUUCCACUACUGAACAUAUCAAAAAGAUUGAGAGAGAUGUGGAAACCGGCGGGAUCAAUGCACGUGAUGGAUCUCCCGAGAAACUUUUUCAUGGUACGUUUUGAGUUGGAGGAAGAGUACAUGAAUGCGCUAUCCGGAGGUCCAUGGAGGGCAUAUGGAAGCUACCUUAUGGUACAAGCAUGGUCCCCAGACUUUGAUCCUUUGAGAGAUGAGAUUGUAACUACACCAGUUUGGGUUCGGUUGGCACAUCUUCCAGUGAAUUUCUACCACAAGACGAUCUUGAUGGGGAUUGCAAAGGGACUAGGGAGACCAAUCAAGGUAGACUUGACCACAUUAAAAGUUGAAAGGGCUAAGUUCGCAAGAAUAUGUGUGGAGGUAAAUCUUAACAAGCCACUGAAAGGCACAGUGAUGAUAAAUGGGGAGAGAUACUGUGUAUCGUAUGAAGGAAUCUCUACCAUCUGCUCGUCAUGUGGCAUGUACGGACACUUGGCCUACACAUGUCCACGCAAAGUAUUGGUGGAAGCCCCCACCAACGUGAUCCCCCAAGUGACCAUGCCACAAAAGACGAAUGAAGUUGUGGGAAUGGAGGCAGAGUUUACCCCAGUAAGACAGAUACGACAAGGGCAAAAAGCUCUACUUAGGAGUAAUGAAGGUAGUGAGGUGGUGGGAAGCAAGAAUUCCUCGGGUAGUCAGACACGAGGAGUGCAGAAACAAAGUGUACCGGAGGAGAUAAGAGUAUCAAAUAGAUUUGGAGGUUUGCAUGUGGAGGGAGAAGUGGAGGAUCAAGUGGAGGAAAGUGAGAGGAGGGAAGAGAAUAAAGAGAAUGAGAAUAAUACUAACGUAAGGGCCGGAGAGUUGAAGAAAACAAUGGAGAAGGAGUUUUCUUUUGGUAACAACGGAAACAAAGAGAAUAACCAAUCAGCCCGUUUGGGCCAUAUGGAGAAGAAGAUAAGGAACACGAGAGGCCCAAAUGUACUAAAGACUAAACAGAAGAAUGUUGGACCUAUGCGGGGUUUGGUCUUUGGUCCAAUUAGCGGUGAAAGUGGUCUGUCUGUGAGAGGGAAGAGACUGCGAGUAGAGGAAAAGAAUAUUGGGCGUCUUGGUGGUGCCUUCGUCGGAGACGGGAAGUCCGAUAGUAAUGAGGAAAAUUCUAAUGAUAUGUGUGAGCAGAGGCAAUAUCAUGAGCAAUUGGAAGAGACAGACACCUCGAAGGUGGAGGGCGAGAAGACUAUUGUGGACCAGAGGGGAGACGGUCCGGUAGUAGCGGUGGCAUAA